AUGCAUUCAUGGGUAGUAGCUAUUGGAAUUAAAAAUUCUACAGAAUGGAGUUAUGGCUCGCUUAUUUCUGAUAACGCUGUCCUCACUUCUGCUGCUGUAGUUGCUAAUGUCCAUGAGAGUGAUUUAACAGUCAUGAGAGAAUGUAAAAUUUUAUCUCUUCCAAUUGUUCCUAUGGAACUAUGUGAUAAAAGAAAAGUUUCAAACAUUAAAAAGUUCCAGAAUGAUAUAGUUAUUUUAAUUUUAAACUUGUCAUUUAAUCUAAAAAAAAUGAUAAAUAUAGCUAAAGAUCUUCAUGAUAUUGAUAAAAAGAAUUGUCUUUUCAUGCAAUGGGACUUUAUUAAUAUGCGAGAUUCUACGGUCCAAAAUGCAAUAAUAAAUUCGUACAAAGUUUUCUUCUUAGAAGAUGAAUUUAAUAUUGCAAAAUUAAUUCACAACCGAUUAAGAAAUCAAGAUAUCGAGUAUGCUAUUUCAAACGUUACAGCAAUACUCCUUCAAGAACAAGAUGGACAUAAUGCGACUAUAGAUAUGUCAAGAGAAUUUUUAGGGAACCCUUUGAUUUGUACUCUAAAAUCAAACCAAUCAACUUACGUUCAGAUUGGAGUAGCAGCAGGUUAUUUAAUGUUACCAAGAUCGAAUGAUUUUAAAUUAAUUUUAGGACGAUAUUACGUUGAUGUUGUAGAGGAAAGGCUCAAAAUAACUGCAUUUAUAGAAAGAAACAGAUAA